GCUCCUGCUCUCAGCGCCGCAGUGGAAGGCAGGGCCGCGCCGCUCCUUCUUUAAAUAUAUAAAUUGGAGCCGGCCGGCCUCGGCCGCCCCCGUGACAGCGCUGCCCGCGGCCCUCCCGCCGGCGCGCCCGCUGCCAGCCCCGGGACCUUUUCAUCUCUUCCCUUCUGGCCGGAGGAGCCGAGUUCGGAUCCGCCACUCCGCACCCGAAACUGACACACUGAACUCCGUUUCCUCCUCCUAAAUUUAUUUCUGCCUAAUAGCCACUCGUCUCUUUUUUUUUUCCCCCCAUCUCGUCGCUCCAAGAAAACUUUUGCUGACUCCCCCAAGUGAAGCUUCCCCCUUGCCCGUCGUGUAUUAAUAUUUCCACUUGGGGAACGACUUGCCUUUUCUUUUUAAAGGAAUUCAAGCAAGAUAGCUUUUUCUCUCGGACAUUGACUCCCGAUUGUUUGCAAAAGUUUCGCAUUAAAAAAAAAAAAAUCUACCUGAUCUGUACUUUCAGAGUUGUUGGUUUCUUUUUUUUCUUACUUUUUUUUACUUUUUUAAAAAAAUUUUUUUCCACCUUAAAAAAAAAAUGCACUACUGUGUGCUGAGCGCUUUUCUGCUCCUGCAUCUGGUCACGGUCGCGCUCAGCCUGUCUACCUGCAGCACGCUCGACAUGGACCAGUUCAUGCGCAAGAGGAUCCAGGCGAUCCGCGGACAGAUCCUGAGCAAGCUGAAACUCACCAGCCCCCCAGAAGACUACCCCGAACCCGAGGAGGUCCCCCCGGAGGUGAUUUCCAUCUACAACAGCACAAGGGACUUGCUCCAGGAGAAGGCGAGCCGGAGGGCGGCCGCCUGCGAGCGCGAGCGGAGCGACGAGGAGUACUACGCCAAGGAGGUUUACAAAAUAGACAUGCCGCCCUUCUUCCCCUCGGAAACUGUCUGCCCAGUUGUUACAACACCCUCUGGCUCAGUGGGCAGCUUCUGCUCCAGACAGUCCCAGGUGCUUUGUGGGUACCUUGAUGCCAUCCCGCCCACUUUCUACAGACCCUACUUCAGAAUUGUCCGAUUUGACGUCUCCGCCAUGGAGAAGAAUGCUUCCAAUUUGGUGAAGGCCGAGUUCAGAGUCUUUCGUUUACAGAACCCGAAAGCCAGAGUGCCUGAACAACGGAUCGAACUGUAUCAGAUUCUCAAAUCCAAAGAUUUAACAUCUCCAACCCAGCGCUACAUCGACAGCAAAGUCGUGAAAACCAGAGCAGAGGGCGAAUGGCUCUCCUUCGAUGUCACUGAUGCUGUGCACGAAUGGCUCCACCAUAAAGACAGGAAUCUGGGAUUUAAGAUAAGUUUACACUGUCCCUGCUGCACCUUUGUACCGUCGAAUAAUUACAUCAUCCCCAACAAAAGUGAAGAACUAGAAGCGCGAUUUGCAGGUAUUGAUGGCACCUCCACAUAUACCAGUGGUGAUCAGAAAACAAUAAAGUCCACUAGGAAAAAAAACAGUGGGAAGACCCCACAUCUCCUGCUAAUGUUGUUACCCUCCUACAGACUUGAGUCACAACAGUCCAACCGGCGGAAGAAGCGUGCUUUGGAUGCAGCCUAUUGCUUUAGAAAUGUGCAGGAUAAUUGUUGCCUACGCCCACUUUACAUUGAUUUCAAGAGGGAUCUUGGGUGGAAAUGGAUACAUGAGCCUAAAGGGUACAAUGCCAACUUCUGUGCUGGAGCGUGCCCAUAUCUGUGGAGCUCAGACACUCAGCACAGUAGGGUUCUCAGCUUAUAUAAUACCAUAAAUCCAGAAGCAUCUGCUUCCCCUUGCUGCGUGUCCCAGGAUUUAGAACCGCUCACCAUUCUCUACUACAUCGGCAAAACACCCAAGAUUGAACAGCUUUCUAAUAUGAUCGUAAAGUCUUGCAAAUGCAGCUAAGAUUCUUGGAAAAGUGACAAGACGAUAAUCACACAGUGAUGAUGAUAAUGAUGAUGAUGAUGAUGAUAGUGACAAAGGCAAUGUUUGUAACAAGAAAACACGAGAGAGCCUUGCUUCAUCAGUGUUUAAAAAAAAUUUGAAAAAGCGGUACUAGUUCAAACACUUCGGAAGUUUGUGUUCUGUUUGUUAAAACUGGCAUCUGAAACAAACAAAAAAAAAAGUUGAAGGCUUUAUUCUAUAUUUUACCUACUCUGUAAGUGAGAGAGACAAGAAGCAAAACCUUUUUUCUUGAGAAAAAAAAAUAAACACUGGAAGAAUUUGUUAGUGUUAAUUAUGUGAAAGAAAAAAAAAAAAAAAACAGGAAAAUCCCGUUAAGUGGAGUUGCUGUACAUACGUUUUUAUCCCACGCCUCACUUGAUUUUUCUGUAUUGCUAUGCAAUAGGCAUCCUUCCCAUUCUUACUCUUAGAGUUAACAGUGAGUUAUUUAUUGUGUGUUACUAUAUAAUGAACAUUUCAUUGCCCUUGGAAAAUAUAACAGGUGUAUAAAGUGGAGACCAAAUACUUUGCCAGAAACUCAUGGAUGGCUUAAGGAACUUGAACUCAAACGAGCCAG